AAGAGGAAAUAGCGCAACUGAAAUUUCACGAUUGUCCUCAAAAUGGAUAAACAUCACAGUGUAUGGUUAACGAUCUUUCUGACGUUUAUCUUUUGCUAUAAAGUAGCGUUUAGUCAACUGACUGUUUUUGACAGCGAAGUUAUUAUAAUACGUCCCCCAGAAAAACCAAGUAAAUGCAAUGCUGAACUAGAAUGUAUCGAUUGCAACAAGGGAAGAAUAUGCAUACAAAAAAACAAUGAAUUGAUUGAAUUAGCUCAUAUAAUUUGCGACCCUACUACAGACAAGCCUUAUUGCAACAAUGGUGUAUGUUCAAAGACUCCAGGAUCCAAAUGCGACCAAAAACCUUCAUCGUUUUCCUGUCCGGCCGAUGGCAUGUAUCCUGACCUGACAGAUUGCACGCGUUACUAUAUAUGUGCAAAUAACGAAGUAAGGACGAACCAAUGUCCGCCAAAUAACGUCCACGAUCCUACAAAAGGCGUCUGCAAAUAUAGACGUUCCUCCAGCGAUUGCGUAAUGAUAAAUUGCGUUGGUCAGGAAGGAAGGAAGUUCGUGUAUCCGCUAGACAAUCGCAUUUAUGGAAUAUGUCUGCUUGGCAAGCCAUACAUUCUUAACCGAUGCAAGGAUUACGAGAAAUUUGACCUCACUCAGGGAAAAUGUGUAAGAUACUGUAGGACGGGUGGCAAUCAACCGCCUGACGAUCUUACAAACCCCAAAUCCUGUGGAAAAUACUUUCUGUGUGCUGAAGUGUCACCCGGUAAAUACGAGCCGUGGGAGAUGUCCUGCGCAGCUAAUGAAGGAUACGAUCCGAAGAUAAAUGGCUGCUCGAAGGACGUAACCUGCUCGAAAAAAAACGACGAAAGUGAUACAACGCAAUUUUUAUACAUUAUUAACAAUUCUGGGAGUAAUAAUAGUGAUAACAACGUCUCGAACGGCAAUGAUAAUGUCGAUGGAAAUUUGGUGAACGGCAAUAAUAAUGGUGACAAUUCCAAUUCUGGAAAUGUUAGAGCGCGAUCUUUAUUCAUUGUCAAUAAUUCUGGAAAUAGUAGUAAUAAUAACAACAUCUCAAACGGCAACGAUGACGUCAAUGGAAAUUUGGUGAACGGCAAUAACAAUGGUAACAAUACCAAUUCUGGAAAUGUUGCACCGCUAUCUUUAUUUAUUAUUAAUAAUUCUGGAAAUAAUAAUAAGAAUAAUACUCUAUCAAAUGGCGAUGAUGAUGUCAAUGGAAAUUUGAUGAAUGGCAAUAACAAUGGUAACAAUACCAAUUCCGGAAAUGUUGCACCGCGAUCUUCAUAUAUUGUUAAUAAUUCUGGAAAUAAUAAUAGUAAUAACAACGUCUCGAACGGCAAUGAUACCUUCGAUGGAAAUUUGGUGAAUGGCAAUAAUAAUGGUGAUAAUACCAAUUCCGGAAAUGUUGCACCGCGAUCUUUAUUCAUUAUCAAUAAUUCUGGAGGUAAUAAUAAGAAUAAUACUGUAUCAAAUGGCGAUGAUAAUGGAAAUUUGGUGAACGGUAACAAUAAUGGUGAUAAUUCCAACUCUGGAAAUGUUACAGCGCGGUCUGCAUUCAUUGUUAAUAAUUCUGGAAAUAAUAAUAAAAAUAAUACUGUAUCAAAUGGCGAUGAUGACGUCAAUGGAAAUUUGGUGAACGGCAAUAACAAUGGUAACAAUACCAAUUCCGGAAAUGUUGCACCGCUAUCUUUAUUUAUUAUUAAUAAUUCUGGAAAUAAUAAUAAGAAUAAUACUGUAUCAAAUGGCGAUGAUGAUGUCAAUGGAAAUUUGGUGAAUGGCAAUAACAAUGGUAACAAUACCAAUUCCGGAAAUGUUGCACCGCGAUCUUCAUAUAUUGUUAAUAACUCUGGAAAUAAUAAUAGUAAUAACAACAUCUCAAACGGCAACGAUGACGUCAAUGGAAAUUUGGUGAACGGCAAUAACAAUGGCAACAAUACCAAUUCCGGAAAUGUUUCACUGCUAUCUUUAUUUAUUGUUAAUAAUUCUGGAAAUAAUAAUAAGAAUAAUACUGUAUCAAAUGGCGAUGAUGAUGUCAAUGGAAAUUUGGUGAAUGGCAAUAACAAUGGUAACAAUACCAAUUCCGGAAAUAUUAAAAAGAAUAAUUCUAACGUAUCUCUGUUAAUUAUUAAUAACUCUGGAGAUAGUAACAAUAAUAAUAAUGUGUCCAACGGUAAUGAUAACGUCAAUGGAAACUUAGUAAACGGCAAUAAUAAUGGCAACAACCAGCAAUCAGGCAAUAUAAAACGGCGUAGCGUGUCGUCUGUUCCUUUAAUAAUUAAUAACUCUGGUAAUAAUAACAGCAACAACGAUGUAUCGAAUGGUAACGACAAUGUCGAUGGAAAUAUCGUAAAUGGAAAUCAUAAUGGAAACAACAAUAAUUCCGGCAAUGUUAGAAAGAAUGAUCAGUAUACAUCUUUCAUAAUUAAUAAUUCAGGCAGCAACAACAACAAUAACAAUAUAUCCAGCGGAAACGAUAGUAUCGAUGGAAACAUUGUGAAUGGAAAUGGCAAUGGAAAUAAUGAUAACACUGGCAAUGUAAAUUGUUCUAGUGAACAAGAGGAGGAUUUGGAAUUGCCAGAAGAUGUUAAAAACUUUUUACGUUUUGUCAUUGAUUGGGUAAUACGUAUAGUUGUGGAUAUAAGAAGCAACCCAUAAAAUUAUUUGCUGCAUUAACAAACAAGAUUACAGUUUGUGUAUAUUAAAACUCUACAAAUAACAUUUUUUGCAAUUCUUUAUUUUGUUGUUAAAAUUUGAUAAUAUUAAAUAAAAUUAUAAUAAUGGUCAUUAAAUAAUUACUAAAUAAGAUCAAUAUUGCAGUAGGAUGUUUAUAAUUCAUCAAAGUUAUGUGUUAUCUAAUUUAUAUCCUGUGAAAUUAAUAUGCGAAUUAUCUUUU